AUGAAGCGCUGUGCGUUCCUAGUUCCAUUCGUUCCGGUUGCUCUUGGGUUCCCUGCAACAGCAUCCGCAUCCGCAUCAUCUACUGGCAUUAUUCCUACGGUGACAGCCUCUCAAAUUCCAGUCUCUGUGCCUUCUACCACAAACUCCCCCACACCGGCUUCCGCGUCUUUCACCGGAAAUGGUGGCACUACUUGCACUGUGACCGACUACGCUUCCAUCUCCUCGGCCGUUGCAUCCUGCUCCAACAUUCUCCUUUCCGAUAUCUCAGCUCCUCCAUCGAGCACCAUCGACCUGCAGGACCUGCAGACCGGCGCCGCAGUCAUCUUCGACGGUACCACAACCUUCGGCGAAACCGCAGAUAGCGACUUCGACCCCAUCGUCAUCUCCGGCACGGGAGUGACCAUCACCGGUACAAAGGGGCAUGUAAUCGACGGCAACGGACAGGCCUACUGGGACGGCCAGGGCUCAAACGGUGGCUCAGACAAACCGAACCACUUCAUCGUCCUGAAACACCUCACCAACUCCGUCAUCUCAAACCUCGUAAUCCAGAACUGGCCCGUGCACUGUUUCGACAUCGAGAACACUGAGUCCCUCACCAUCACAGGCCUGACACUCAACAACACAGCCGGUGACGAGCCCAACGACUCCAGUGACGGCGAUGCCGCCGCGCACAACUCCGACGGAUUCGACAUCAAGUCCUCGACGGGCCUGCUGCUGCAGAACACAAAUGUAUACAACCAAGAUGACUGCGUCGCUGUUACGUCAGGGACAAACAUCACUGUCGACGGGAUGUACUGCUCGGGUGGACACGGGCUGAGCAUUGGAUCCAUCGGCGGGAAGAGCGAUAAUACCGUGAACGGGGUUGUGUUUUCGAACUCGCAGGUCGUGGACUCGCAGAAUGGGUGCAGGAUUAAGACGAAUGAGGGGGAGAAGGGGGAUGUGGAGAAUAUUCGGUAUGAGAAUAUUCAGUUGAAGGGGAUUAGUGAUUAUGGGAUUGUGGUGCAGCAGGAUUAUUUGAAUGGUGGGCCGACUGGGGAUCCGAGUAAUGGGGUUACUAUUAAGAAUGUCGAGUUUGUGGAUGUGAAGGGCUCGAUGAGUGAUGGGAAGGAUUAUUAUAUUCUUUGUGGGAAUGGGAGCUGUUCGAACUUUUCGUUUGAUGGGGUGAGUAUUACUGGGGGAAGCGGGGAUAGUUGUAACUAUCCUGACUCUGGGUGUCCUUGA